CUAAUCAAAACCACAUCCUUAAUUUACUCUUAAUAACAUCCACAAAAAGCCUCAUUGUGAAAUUUAUUUUUUUGGAACACAGCGUAACCCGCUUACUUUAGAUUAAUCUUUUAGGUUUUCAUCAGGAAGUUAAUAGUCGAUAAUGCGUAAUUAACUAAAAUAAACACGUUCUUAUCUAUUUCACAGUAGCGGCCAUGGAGAAAUGGGAAGGGAAACUUGCAAUAGUCACAGGAACUUCCUCCGGCAUCGGCCGAGGAAUUGCAAUCAAAUUGGUGGAGGCUGGACUGCGCGUUGUGGGUAUUGCAAGACGCGAGAAUCUCGGUCGCGAACUAGAACUGGCUUUGGCUGGAGAAAAGGGUAGAUUCUAUCAUCUAACCGCCGAUAUUACCAAGGAGGAGGAUGUGCUCAAGGCGUUUGAAUGGGUCGAAGAAAAUUUGGGAGCGGUUCACAUUUUGGUAAAUAACGCGGGUACGACGCGUGAAACUACACUUGUCGAUGGGACGACGACGUCCUGGAAAGAGGUUCUGGACCUUAAUAUUAUGGGUUUAUCCAUGAUGACAAGAGAAGCUGUAAAAUCGAUGCGAGCGAACAAUAUAACUGGCGAAAUCAUACAUAUAGGAAGCUUGGGAGGUUGCAUAACAUCAUCCCCUGUGAAGGGAUUACGAAUGUAUUGUGCCAGCAAGCAUGCGGUACGAAACUUGACAGAAGGGUUGCGAGCGGAACUGCUCGAAGUAGGUAGCGAAAUUAAAGUCUCGUGCAUCCAUCCUGGAUUGGUCGAAGAUACCGAAAUUGGUGAGUACAAUGCAGCGGUAAAGGGGUUGUUUCCCUUACUCGAAUAUGUAUUGAAACCUGAAGACAUCGGAGAUAUGGUUUUGUUUGUACUUUCGAGACCACCUCACGUUCAGAUUCACGAUGUUCUGGUUAGACCAAUCGGUGAACCGCUUUAAAGAAGUCCACUUCAAUUAAAUUCUGUCAAUAAAUAAGCACCUCAUACUAGAUGUACCUUUAGUUCCAUCCAAUUUGCACCGUGCAGCGUCUUUGAAAAAGAAAGAAAGGCGAAAUAUUCCCAAUGGUGUAUUAAUAAUGUGAAGUAAUCACGUUCUUCGUGCGUGCAUGACGCAGUAUGUGGUCUUUGAGUAAAUAG